UUCAUUCAUGGAUGAUCCCGAAAAACAAACUCAGGAGAUAACGCCUGUUGUCCGAAUAAACGGCGGACUGGGGACGGAAACAGAAGACUGUCCUGGAGACGAUGAAAAACGAGGGGUCCCGAACUGGAAUGGCGGAACUGUUGGGGACAAAAAUCGGCAAGGUCCACUGAAUUCAAUGGAAUCUCCCUCCAAGCGGAAGCUCCACCUGGUGGCGGGGGCGUCCACGAUAUACCCGGCCUACAAGAGAGGCGACGUGACCCCUGAGAAAGUAACGGACAAGUCAGUAUGGCAGGCUGUAAGGGAUGGAGGUACAAAGGAACUGAACUUCAUAUUGACGACUCAACCGGAAGUAAAAGAAGAGAGAGAUUACCAUGGGAACACACUCCUGUCAAUCGCGUCGAAAUACAACCUGAUAGAAUCGGCACGUGUUCUUCUCUCUCAUGGAGUGGAUAUCAAUGAAAAAAAUCGUAAUGACGGGAUAUCCCCUCUGCAUGAAGCCGCCAAGUAUAACUCAGUAGACGUUGGUCGUCUGCUGAUAGAGUCGGGAUGUGACGUCAUGAUUCGAGACAAUCACAAAAAGACACCUUUGCACCAUGCGGCCAGAAGAGGUCGAGAAAAAAUUGCUGAGGUUUUACUGAAUUGUGGGAAAUCUGACAUCGACGCCAGAGACGAAGAUGAGCUGACCCCUCUCCAUGAAUCCAUUAUACAGAAUCACGAAAACAUCGCAAUAAUGCUGAUAAAAAGAGGUGCGGAUGUUACCCUGACUGAGAUCAACAAGGCCACGCCCUACAUGCUGGCGGCGUCAGUAGAAAUGACUGACGUCAUGAACACAAUACGCUCUACUGUGUUGCGACAAAGUGGAGAAGCACGUGCCCAGACCAUGGUCAGUCAGCAGGACCUGUUGGGGAACUCGGCUCUACACGUGGCCGUGGACAACAAGGCCAUGAAGUCUGUUCAGGAAAUUUUAAAGCACGGAGGGAAUGUCAACACAGCAAAUGAGACUGGUCUUACUCCUCUUCAUUCAGCAGCUAUCACAGGUGACCUUGAGAUAACAAAUAUUUUGCUAUCCCAUGAUGCAGAAGUCUGUCCCCGGGAUAACGAUUCUUUCACCCCUAUACACAGAGCAUGCAUGUUCAAUCGACAUGAAGUCGUGAAUGCAAUUAUGAAAAAGGGUGGAGACAUAAAUACUAAAACCAAGGAUUCAAUGACCCCUUUGAUCUUGGCUUGCUGGAAAGGUCACCUUGAGACCGUAGACUUCCUGUUGUCUAGUGGAGCCCAGAUAUCCCAGGUGGAUAACCUGAUGAGGAACGCCCUCCACUGGGCCGUGGAGAAUGCCCACCUACAAGUUCUGCUGUACCUUCUGAAGAAAUGUGACAGUUCUAUGCUAGAGGCUAUGGAUUUCGCAGAGCAAACGAUCAUGCACUAUGCAUCGAAGCUGGGGAAUAUUGCGAUAUUGCAAGCCUUAAUUCAUCAAACAUGUAAGCUGGAUGUGCGGGAUAAGGAUGGUCGCACACCGCUCCACCUAGCGGCAGAGAGCGACAACGAGGCGACCGUGGAGGUCUUGUACCACGCCAGUACGUCAGAGCUGAAUGACGGAGACAGUGACGGGCAGACGCCGCUCUCCCUGGCGGUCAGCGCGGGGGCCUACAACACCGUGAAGACUCUGCUGGCCCUGGGGGCCGACAUCUCCCACAGAGAUGAGAAUCUGCGCACCGUUCUUAACAUUGCGGCAAGGGAAGGUCACGUGAAGAUUAUGAAAAUUUUACUGGAACAUUAUGCUGACAUUAAUACCAAAGACAAGCUUAAGAAUACCCCGCUGCAUACCGCUUCAAGGGAGGGCCAUGUAGACUGUGUCCAACUGCUACUGGACAAAAAGGUAGACCCUUUAGCAAAGAAUAUAUACGGGAAAACUCCGCUAGAUGUCGCUGUAGAGAAGAGGCAUUCAGACGUCGCUGUGACCUUCAUGAAGUCAGCAGGAUGGAAAGAUAUAGUUGGAUGUCGAGACUCGGACGGUAAAACCCCAGUUGACAAUAUGAUUCAAAAAUGUCCGGAAGCAGUGACGGUCAUGAUGGACAACUCAAUUCAAUCGACGGGAGACUUUCCAGAUAGCAUCGACUAUUCCCAGAAGCUAGACUUCCAGUUCAUCGACCCUGGACCGGAUGACGUUAUGUGUAAAAGGCGGCGAUAUUAUGAGUUUGAAACGAUGGUCAGAUACGACAGGGAGGAGCUCCUGACCCACGCCUUGGUGCAGCAGUGCUUGAUGCUAAAGUGGAAGAAGUUUGGCCGCCUGGUGUAUUACUUUGAUGUGACCCUAUUUCUAAUGUACCUGGCCCUGAUUAACAUAUACUGCAUUACAAUGCCCAAGAUCACCACUAAUCUUCUGGACAAUGUGCGCAGGUGCCCAAUAUUUCUGACCACUGACCAGGCUCAGAACCAGACGCUGGUCGACCACCUGAUACAGAAUGGCCAGAUUUCUAACAUCCUUAUUGACACCCUGGAGCUGAGAAUUCUAAUGGCGUGUUUAUCAACCGUCAUGGUGACUUUCUACGUCAGAGAAAUCGUCAGCAUCUAUGCCAGGCGGUGGCAGUACCUCCUUAAACCGUUCAACUACGUGACACUGGUCAUGUUGUUUGGGACCUCCGCCACCUUGACCCCCAUCGGAUACAUCCCGUGUGAGGAUCAGUGGCGGUCGGCCUGGAUCGCUCUCCUGUGUGCUUGGAUCAGCCUCAUCUCCAUCCUCAGGGCUUUGGACGUGGUUGGAAUAUACUUUGUUAUGUUGGAACAAGUAUUCAAGUCCCUGGCCAAGAUUGCCGCUGUUCUUGUGGUCUUCCUACUUGCCUUUUCCCAAGCCUUUUAUAUUACUAUGGCCCAGACGCCUGGGUUUCAAAAUGGGCAGCCCUACCCCAUCACAGUCCUGGCCAUGACCCUGGGGGAACUGAACUUUGUGGACAACUUUGUCAGUGGCCUUGACCGCACCUUCUACUACGACAACCUCACCCUGUUCAUUCUAUUCGCUAUGAUCAUGCCCAUCUCUCUCAUGAACUUGCUGAUCGGUGUGGCGGUGGGGGACAUUGACGCCGUACAGAAGAGGGCGUACCUCGUCAGGCUGUCCAUCCAGAUUGACUUCAUUACCAACGCAGAGAGAACCUUUCCAAGAUAUUUCCAGAGAAAGUUUCAUAAAAAGGAACAUGUGAUCACGCCAAAUAGCAACAUGAAUUCCAGAUUCAAUAAAUUCUACAAGUUUGUGUUCGGGGUGAAGCGGAAUACCGGGGCAUUCAUCAGUGAGGAGAAGGAUUACGUCACAGAAACGGUCCAGCAGCUGAAGGAGGAGGUCCGGGCCACCAGGCGGCAACUUGCACAGUCCUCCGCUCUCCAGAAGCAGGCCCUGGAUCUGAUGAAGCAGAUGUGUGACCAGCUCCAGGUCACUUACACCCUGGACAACCUGUCAGUCACCGACUCGCACCGGCCCCCCACACGCGGCAGACCCACGUAACCCUACCCCACCGGGGACCACACAGCUCUCGCAUGAUCCACCACCUUUAGAAACACCGCAGCUCUCGUGGAAUCUCACUCGCCAUAGAUCAAUGGCCAUUCUGGGGGAAGCUACUCUGGAAUAGAGAGUUCCUCUCCACUCACGAAGACACGCCCUAGUGGGAGCUUAAUAGAUACUUGGUCUGCAGAAAGUCCAGAUAAAUACUCCAAUCUUGUGUCCAUUUUGUUAUCCACGUCAAAGACAUUUCCAUAUUUUGUGGACCGAAGUUUGACUCUGUUCAUCUUAUUGAAUGAAUAUUUUAGACAUUUC